UAAAGCCCUGCGCGCUUCGCCUCCCCCCGGUUGCGCAUUUCCGGUGCCAUAACGUCACUUCUGGAUGUCAAUAUGCGGCUUGGUGCGGCGCUGGGAAACGGAACCACUGGAAAGAUGUAAACCAAGUAACCAGCGAAGACCAGCCUCAGCGAAGACACUAAACGUUACGGCCAGGAAAACCGUGCCUACGCUCCGAUAAACGGAGCCACACUACCCGGCAGCUCGCUCAGUCGCUCCCCCCUGAAGCAGCGGAGCGCUUGCCUUUAAGCAGCCAUCUUUUGUGAGAGAAUGUACGGGGCGACGCGGCGGGCCUGCUCGGGCUCUGACCGGGGCCGGAGCCUGCUGAUGCUGACAACCGCGCUCCUGCUCUCGGUUGUCGGGCUGCUCUCCGGGCUGCCCGGCUUCACCGAGGCGAAGGAAUGCGACAAACCGUGUAUGAACGGCCAGUGCAACCCCGCUACUGGCAACUGUGUGUGCUUCCCCGGCUGGGUUGGGGACCAAUGCCAGCACUGCGGAGGGCGAUUCAGGUUGACUGGGCCCUCUGGCCAUUUGACUGACGGUCCAGGAAACUAUAAGUACAAGACCAAAUGCACCUGGCUGAUCGAGGGACAGCCCAACACCAUACUCCGUUUACGGUUUAACCACUUUGCCACUGAAUGCAGCUGGGACCACCUUUACGUGUACGACGGAGACUCGAUUUAUGCCCCCCUCCUCGCUGCCUUCAGUGGUCUGAUUGUUCCUGAGCGUUACGGGAACGAGACGGUUCCAGAGGUGGUGUCUCAGUCCGGCUACGCCCUGCUGCACUUCUUCAGUGAUGCUGCCUACAACCUGACUGGCUUCAACAUUUCCUAUAGGGUGAACACAUGUCCCAACAACUGCUCCGGCCGCGGUGAGUGCCGUGUGAGGAACUCCACCGGUUCGGUGUACUGUGACUGCGAAGACAACUGGAAGGGGGCUGCCUGUGACGUCCCCUACUGCAUGGCUGACUGUGGCUACCCUGAACGAGGCCACUGCCAGGGAAAGUCCUGCAUCUGCAAGACCGGAUGGCAAGGUCCAGACUGCUUCGUCUCAGUGCCUGCCAACUCCUCCUUCUGGAGCCGCGAGGAGUACACCGAGGCCGGGCUCGCUCGGGCUUCCCACAAGGCCGUGGUGGACCAGGGCAUCAUGUGGGUCAUUGGAGGCUACGUCUUCAACGCCUCCGACUACCACAUGGUCAAAGCGUAUAACCUCAGUAGCAAGACAUGGCUGACCCUCGACCCCUCCGUCCACACUGUCACGCCACGAUACGGACACUCACUGGCUCUUCAUGAGGGGAAGAUCUACAUGUACGGAGGAAAGAUCGACUCCACAGGAAACGUGUCCAGUCAGCUGUGGGUUUUCCACAUCCAGAACCAGACCUGGGUCCUCCUGAGUCCCCGGGCCAAGGAUCAGUAUGCCGUGGUGGGACACUCGGCCCACAUCGUGCCUCCGCUCCAGGAGGGGGCCAGUCCCAUCAUGCUGGUGAUGUUUGGACACUGUCCUCUAUACGGUUACAUCAGCAAGGUGCAGGAGUACGACAUCACCAAGAACACAUGGAACAUGGUUACUACAGACGGUGCACUGGUCCAAGGCGGCUACGGCCACAGCAGUGUUUUUGAUCCCAGCACCAGAGCCAUCUACAUCCACGGAGGCUACAAGGCCUUCAGCGCCAACAAGUACGGCCUAGCUGGAGACCUGUACAAGUUUGAUGUGGACAGGAGGAAAUGGACCAUUCUGAGAGACAGCGGCUUCUUCCGUUACCUCCACACUGCGGUGAUCGUGAGCGGGGCAAUGCUGGUGUUCGGAGGAAACACACACAACGACACGUCCAUGAGUCACGGCGCCAAGUGCUUCUCUUCCGACUUCCUGGCCUACAGUCUGGCGUGUGAUGAGUGGACAGUGCUGCCUCGACCAGACAUUUUCCAUGACGUCAAUCGCUUCGGACACUCGGCAGUCUUCAGUGACAGCGUGAUGUACGUGUUUGGCGGCUUCAACAGCCUGCUGCUCAGCGACGUCCUCAUGUACACCUCGCCCAGCUGCGCGGCCUUCUCCAGCAUGGCGUCCUGCAGCCAGGCCUGGCCGGGGAUCCACUGCGUCUGGAACAGCACCCAGGGGACCUGCCUGCCCUGGGAGAGCAACGGUAUCGGAGGCGAACAGCAGCAGCUUCCAGCCUCCUGUAACACACGAUCAUAUUCUGACAACGAGAGGUGUGACCAGUACACAGACUGCUACAGCUGCACUGCCAACACCAACGGCUGCCAGUGGUGUUCAGGCCAGUGUGUGUCUCUGGGAAGCAACUGCACCUCUGCCACAGGGGCCAUAGGAGAGUAUGACGUUUGCCCCAAAGACAACCCCUCAUACGUGUGCAACAAGAAAACCAGCUGCAAGAGCUGCGCUGUGGACCAGAACUGUCAGUGGGAACCUCGCAACCAGGAGUGCAUCUCACUGCCAGAAAACGUGUGCGGGGAGAGCUGGCAUCUGGUGGGCAACUCCUGUCUGAAGUUCAUCACCGCAAAGGACUCGUACGACAACGCCAAGCUGGCCUGCAGGAGCCACAACGCUGUCCUGGCCUCGCUGACCACACAGAAGAAGGUGGACUUUGUCCUGAAGGAGCUGCAGAUUAUGAGCGUGGUGUACAAGGCCACAGUGACGCCCUGGGUGGGUCUCAGGAAAAUCAACGUGUCUUACUGGUGCUGGGAGGACAUGUCGCCCUUCACCAACACCACCCUGCAGUGGCUGCCCGGCGAACCGAGUGAUGCCGGGUUCUGUGGCUACCUGGCUGAGCCGGCGUCCAGCGGACUGAAAGCACAAACCUGCAUCAACCCAGUUAACGGCAGCCUGUGUGAACGGCCAGCUAACCACAGUGCCAAGCAGUGCCGGACACCGUGUGCCAUGAGGACCACGUGCAGCGAAUGCACUAGCAGCAGCUCCGAGUGCAUGUGGUGCAGCAACAUGAAGCAAUGCGUCGACUCCAACGCCUACGUUGCCUCCUUCCCUUUUGGACAGUGUAUGGAGUGGUACACCAUGAACACGUGUCCACCGGAGAACUGCUCCGGCUACAGGACUUGUGGCCAGUGUCUGGAUCAGCCGGGCUGCGGGUGGUGCACCGACCCCAGCAACACGGGCAAAGGUCAGUGCAUCGAGGGCUCGUAUCGCGGGCCCUUCCAGACCUCGGUCCCGGCCCCGUCCACCCUCCCUGGCCUGCCCGCCAGCCCCCAGCCGGCCCUCAACGCCAGCAUGUGCCCCAACGAGGCCAAAUACAACUGGUCCUUCAUCCACUGCCCAGCCUGUCAGUGUAACGGUCACAGCCAGUGUGUCAACGAGAGCGUGUGCGAGAAGUGCGAGGACCUGACAACCGGCCGACACUGCGAGAGCUGCAUCUCCGGCUUCUACGGAGAUCCGACCAACGGGGGCAGCUGCCAGCCCUGCAAGUGUAACGGUCACGCCAGCAUGUGCAACCCGAACAACGGCAAGUGCUUCUGCACCACCAAAGGCAUCAAAGGAGAUCGCUGCCACCUGUGUGAAGUCGAGAAUCGUUACCAAGGCAACCCCCUCAAAGGAACAUGCUACUACACGCUCCUCAUCGACUACCAGUUCACCUUCAGCCUGUCGCAGGAGGACGACCGCUACUACACCGCCAUCAACUUCGUGGCCACACCUGAGGAGCCAAACCGGGAUCUCGACAUGUUCAUAAAUGCCUCAAAGAACUUCAACCUGAACAUAACCUGGGCCACGAGCUUCACCGCCGGCACCCAGACCGGGGAGGAGAUCCCCAUCGUCUCUCGGAGCAACAUCAAAGAGUUCAAAGACAGCUUCUCCAACGAGAACUUUGAUUUCCGCAACAGCCCGAACAUCACCUUCUUUGUCUAUGUCAGCAACUUCACGUGGCCCAUUAAGAUUCAAAUCGCCUUCUCGCAGCACAGUAACUUCAUGGAUCUGGUGCAGUUCUUUGUCACGUUCUUCAGCUGCUUCCUGUCCCUGCUCCUUGUGGCCGCCGUGGUUUGGAAGAUCAAACAAAGCUGCUGGGCGUCACGGCGACGAGAGCAAUUGCUGCGGGAGAUGCAACAGAUGGCCAGCCGGCCUUUCGCCACCAUCAACGUCGCCUUGGAGACGGACGAGGAGCCGCCUGACCUGAUAGGAGGAAAUGUCAAGUCCGUCCCAAAACCCAUCGCCCUGGAGCCUUGCUUUGGCAACAAAGCAGCCGUGCUCUCCAUCUUUGUGCGGUUACCCAGGGGCACCGGCGGCAUCCCUCCUCCAGGACAGUCUGGUCUGGCAGUGGCCAGUGCGCUGGUGGACGUCUCUCAGCAGAUGUGUGUGGGCUACAAGGAGAAGUCUGGAGGUCUGAGGAACCGCAAACAGCAGCCCACCGCACAGCCAUCCACCUGUAUCUGACCACGCCCCCUGUCCUCCUCUACCGCCUCACCAUACAAUGCUCUCCCAUCAGCCCCCUCGCUUCGGCCCCCUCCUUCAGAGACUCCUGCCAGCUCCGCUAUGGCAGGGAGAGGUGCAUGCUGGGAUGCAGGACUGGAACAUUUUGGUGAGGGGCCGAGUCGUCCGGCGGACUGGAGCCUCAGCGGGCUCCCCCUCCCUCUCCUCCUAAGGGAACUGUGGGUCCCCACGAACUGAAUGACAGAAACUGGACACAAAGAGGGGGAGCAGUGGAGGGAGGGAGGGACAGAGCAGGUGCUGACUUCACCCCUUCCCCUCAAAAACAUUUUACAUUUGUCGACACCCGCCUCGUUAGAGUUGAGGCGGCCACGGCUUGCUGCUAGAAGAGAUCCUCGUCUCGUAGUUUUUGAAAAAUCCGAGACUUUGCAACCCUUUGUUUUCAUUUACUUAAGUUAUUGGGGUUUUUGUUUGUUUGUUUUGUUUGUAUUGUUUUAUUUUGAAGGCAGGAACAAACUGGACAUUUUCAGCUGUGCAUGCACACACAAAACACACACACACACUCACACACACACACACACACACACACACACACACACACUUCCAAAAAAACAACUUUCCAGGUCCUUGUACCCAUUUGUAGCCCAUUGUCGCCUGCUGUCAUGUUCACAGCUCAGCACUGAGGGCUACUGUCACUGGUGUCCUGUACAGUUUGGCCUCGGAGCAAGCUAACAGCAUGUUCAGUGAUCCACUGUAGGAGGCUGGCCGUGCAGCCAAAGCCCAUCUAAAGAGUCUGUGACAUUUCUAAUCGUCCUCUGUGUCUUCUAACGCUGUCUUCUCUGUGGCCUGUCCGUAGCUUUGCUCUCCAACCGUCUCCCUCAGUCUUUGUGGCCAUCUGGCUGCAGAGCCACCCACCUUCUCAGCCUCUUUGGCAGCGUGGCCGAGUACAAAACAAGACCACAGCGACAUCCCAUCCACGCUGGCUGGCUGGACAGUAAGCCAGCGCCGAUUGAAACUUUUCCAGCUAAUUACUCCUCCAGUUGCAAUGACAGCCAGUGGCUCUGCACACACAGGUGCACUCACAGGGCUGUUACACACACACACAGCAAAACAGUUGGUGGUGAGAGAACCCUCUAGUGUUUAACGAUUGUCCCUUUGGCAGUGCUGCACCUCGAGCUCAUGUGAAACAGGCUUCCUAUAGAUCGUCCGACUCUGAUUGACUGAAGUGAUUAGGCUGAUCUGUGUGAGGCGAGCCGGAGCAAAGGUUCAGCAUCCUCGGUGAUCGUUGCAUAAGAAAUCUAUAGGCUCUAAUUGCUGCUCCUGUGUACCCAAAUGCAACGCAUGUCCCGCCCCUAGGUGCCAGAUAUCCCAUUGCUCUCCCCCCUGCUGCUCGAUGGCAAUUGUUCCGUGUCCCAGAGCUAUCUCCGGCUCCCCAAUUAGCCCCCGCCGCAGUGAUGUUUGUCUUCACAUUGACGCAGCUACAGUGGAGCUUCUAAUGUCAACAUAUAAACCGUUCCGGACCGACAACUCAGAACACGAAGCACACAUGUAACGUUAGAAGAGUGAACAGCAUCAAUCCAAGUGACAGUGUCUUUUUUCCUCAUUUGAACCUUUGUUAAAUGGGACUUUUGAAUUGGCCACAUCUCUCGAGAGAAGUUGGGUAUUGAUUAAAAAAAAUAAAAAAAAAACAUUAGAAAGAAGAGUAUUCAUCGCUUUUUCUUAAAAUUGCCUUUUUGAAAUUAUCUUGUUGCCCGGUCUCUUGGGCUUACUCCGUUUUUGUGCUCCAUGCGUGAGGUUGCUCUCUUCUAUUUUUCCUUCCUUUUAUAUCUGCUCUACCUGCUCUUUUUCACAGUACUUAUCUGAAAUCACUGGUCCAUUUUUAAAGAAACAUUAUUUCUUUUUGUCAACUGGGGAAAAUGAGGGGGAAAAAACUGAAUGAAAAAACACAAGGCAAAAAGACAAAAGUAAGAAAGUCUGGCUGCUCGUUUGAAACAGAGUUUUUGCUUUGAAAUCACAAGUAAUUUUCUUUUUUUCAUGAUGUCAGAUCUGUCUCUUUGUCCUUUUUCCUUCAGCGCUGAGUAUGAGAGCAGGCUUAAAUUAUCCAUGAUGGUCAUCUUUGCACUAUAUAAGUUGCAUACUAUAACACCUGCCGGUCUUUGACUGAAGGCAGAAGCACACAUGGAUAUAGGAAAUAUAUUUCCUCCUGCCUCAUGAAGUUAUUAACUUCCCGCCCUCGUAGAGGUACAGUAAUAGAACAAUUUAAUAAGUCACAUUCUGCCCUAAAGAAUGCGUCGUAUUUAGUUCCAGGCUCUCACACGUGUUCAGCACACUAGAACUGCUCACCGUCUGGUUAAAGGGCACACUUUUAGCACUGGGAAAAGGUCAGAGCAGAAAGCAUGAACAAAGUUGACAUUCUGUAAUUAUAGAGAGCUGGAUGUGCUCACAACUCCACUCAGCGACCCCAGUGAGUGUUAAGGAGUCAGGUCUGUUCAUACAGGAAUAAAAGCACUUCUCUUUUACUCUUCAUUAUCAAUCUUUUUUUUCUGCUCUUUUUUUCCAAUAGAGCAACCUUUUGUAGCCAUCAUGGCAGAUUAAUGUUUGAAAGCUACGAGCUGUCGCUUCCGCAGAGAGCUGAUGAUAGAAAAUAAUCGUCAGUCAUCAGCUGAAUGUGAGAAAUCUGGUCAGUUUGUCCUCAUGAUUACAAAAAUAUUUUAUCAAACUCGGGCUGUCCUCCUCACUCUGCUUAUUCUCAGGUUUGCAGAAGUUUUUUUUUACUUGUCUCCACGACCAAUCUGUUUGGCGGGUAACCAACCAUUUGGAGGUGCUACUCAUUUCAAAAAAUCUUGCCGGAAUGGAACAUUUUGGGAUGUAUAAGUCUCUGUAGCCUGGGGAAGUCAACGUUAGCCUUCAGCCUGGGCAGAAUUGGUACUUCCACUGACUUUAGUCAAAUUUUAAUCCAGAGUCAAACUGUUUUUACAUAUUUUUUCCCUUUCUAUUUUAAUCGCUUGGGAAAUUGGCAGGGCUUGAUCUGUGGGAUGUUUCAAACAGCUUUAAAACACUACAAAUAUUUAUUUGGAGUAAAAUUGUGACCCUGACCUUAUGAAGACAAAAGAGAGAUGAGCAACUGAACCUGCAAAGUCAUCAAAUAGGUGAUGUGCUCCGAACACUGUAAUGCCUGAAGUGUACAUGUACUACAUCUCUGUCCUAUGCACCAUCAGCAGCCCUCCCACUUCAACAUGAGCAGCUCUGAGAUCAGCCAACAUCUCAUAUAUUUGAUUUUCGUUAGGAGAAAUAUUUAAUCCCACAACUCUCUCUCUCCUUUUAAAAAAAUAAACCUUUAAAAAAACUUUUUAUGCACAGUUAACAAAUAUUCAGUGGUAAAAUUUAUAACCGCUGUCAUCUUCUGUUGCAAGUUUGAUUUAAUUUCACACAAAGCAGAGAUCUCUUUCUGCAAAGAAACUCUUCUAUGGCUGAUUCAAAUGUACUGUAGUAAUAAUUUCACAAAGAAUGACGAUUGUGUUUUUUUGUAAAUGUAUGUAAAAUGAAAUACUGUCUGUGCAGCCACGGUAAAUCUGUAAACUGGAGCUCACUGGGGGCCGUUUGUGCGUCCCAGCAGCCUGUUGUCAUCAGUCCCUCUCUGGCCCCGGGUGACGGGCCGGCUCAGUGUUUAAUACAGACAGCACAGUCACUGAGAGGUCACGGGUUCGGACCGUGUAAGAGCUGGUUUGUCUCAUAGAAGAUGUGUUGAGAAAGAUGUAAGGAGCGCGGGCUGCCCAGAGCGUCACAAACCAUCUUUUUCUGCUUGAUGGUUCAGACAAGCAGGUCCUGGGUCUGAUAGUGUCCACAAAUCCAUCUUGACCUCUAUGCUUUGAUCCAUUCAACACUAUUUCAUUUAGUGGUCCCUGUGUGGCCAUCCUCACCCGUUUCACAUUGCAGCACUGGCAAAGUGAUGAAAAACAAACUCUGUUAUGUGUAAAUACUAUUUGACCCAAAUCUGCUGUCUCACAUUGGGUUCCUACACAGGUCUGCAAAGUCUCAAAGCUUCUAAAGUGAUUAGAAAUAUGUAGGGGGGGAAAGUUGCAGUUUCAACAGUUAUUCAAGACUUUUCACCCCAGGUCCUCCCACACAGGCGUUUUCAUCUAUUUUUGGCUGAUUAGACAUCUUUUCAGGUGUGUGGGCGUCGACGGACGGUGCUCGAUUGACAUCUCACUCAGUGUCCUUUUAGUUUUGUUCUACCUGUGAAUUACACCCCUAUGAUAGGGCAGGACAAUAUGACUUAAAAUGGUAAUGACGACAAGCUGUCAUAUUAACCUUGAUGAUGAUGAAUAUAAUGUCCUGUCUGAUAGGAGCCACAGACGAACGUUUCCUCCCUCAAGUCCUGAUUUUGCUAAAUUGACGGCUCAUCUUGUGUCAUUGCGCUGGUGACUAGAUCUCUGUGACUAGGACUUUGGAGUUGAGUUUUACUGUUCAUAGUUUCAGAUAUCAAACUUAUUUUUCGGCAUAUCCCCGUUGUGUUAAGUGCUACUUAUUGAAAUGCGGUUUAUGGAUUCUUGAGCUCUAACAAACAUGUUGGAUCCAAGUUUUUUAACUUUUAUUCUACACAUCCAUGUUCAGUCUUGUUCUUUGUUUGCUUUGCUGGCUCUUUGCUGCGUUUCAUCCUGAGCUAUUCAAAUCAAAAUCCCAUUAUGUACAAUAUAUAUGAGUGCAAUAUCCAAAUUGCCGGAGGCACAUUAUUUGUUAAAGGCAAAACAUGUCAAAAUACCAUUCUGCAUUAUGGUGCUGUGUAGAUGUCUCAGCCUACAAAUCAUAUUGUACAGACUUGAGAAAAUUUUUGUUUGGUGCAGAUCCUUGCAAAAGUUCAGUACUGUGGAUCAUCAUCCAUCAAUACUACAUAAUUACUGCAUGGAAUACUGAGUGUGAAGGCAUUGGCAGAAAUGUAUAUUAACCCAUUCAUGAUCAUUGAUUCAUAGUGGUCAAAAACUCCAAGUGGCACCUUAAGUUCCUGAGAAUGCAAAUACUCAGUUUGUGAAGCACCGUAUGAAAUGCAGCACUUUGGUCACUAAGUUUUAAUAGUUUGUCAGUCCUGUUCUGCAACAGAAGUUGAUCUAAACAACAAGAUGCUGUUUUGAUCAAUUUUAAACAUUGCAGGGUGUGAUAGUAGAAGCACAGACAGCCACAGUGAGCUGUUGGUGGAGGAGCUGCAUGCUACAGCCUCUUACUGUGGUGUCUGCAAAUUAGCUGACCUCUAACACGGGAUCAAUGGCUUUUAUUCUGCUAAGCUGUGUUGCGGAGAAACACGGUACCAGCGAGGUUUUGAACGCUCUUGGUUGCUCACGGUUCAGCUCACUUCUGAACAUCAGAAACUGGUAUAACUGGAAAGUCCUGUGUGGGUGUGGCUGGUGUUAAGAAAUCCAUAAUUAGUACGUUAAAAUGCACCUUUUCCCCCUGCAAGAGAGAGGCAUGUCCCUGCCUUCCUAACUGAGACCCCAUAGAUGUGACAAAUCAAAACUUAAGAGCACAAUACAAACCAUCCUGUCCAAAGAAAGCCGGGCUCACUAAGGUUUUUCUUUGAUUUUCUCCCUUUGUUCUUACACACCAAAGCCCAGCCCUGUUGCUUAGCUGUGUGCACUGUACUGACGAUGCAUUACAGGAUUCCUGGGUCCUAAAGUUCAGAUUUUCCACAUGAUUACCUCUCCUUGCCAUUUGGAGCUGCCCGGGUGUGAAGUGGCCCCGAGCUACUCAAAGCAUCUUCGAGGAAGUGUUGAAGUUUGCAAAUGUGUAGGAACCCUGUACACUGUCUGCCAUCGAGCCACCCAACCCAUAAAAUACCUGUUAUAUUUGUUUGGAUUAAAAGAGAAGAGCCACUCCCUCUAUCUCGCCCCGCUUUCCAAGCCUCAAACUUUAUCGGGUAACACUUUAUCUUUACAGUGGCCUUAUUUCAGACUAUUAAUCUCUGCAUUAACUGAUAGACAUGUACAGCAAAUACAUAUUUAUUAUAAAGUGUGAUUACUUACUGAAAAGCUUCCUAAUAUUCACAAUACAAGUAGAGUUUUUUUUUCUCAAACACUGGCAGCAUUAAUAUGUAUUUAAAAUGCUUUAAUACACAGGUUAAAGCGACGGAAUAAGGUCAUUGUAAAAUCAGGCAUUACCCUCUUUCUUUCUUUCUUUCUUUCUCUCUUUCUGUAUAGUGGCAUUAUAUAUACUGAGGAAGUAGUUUGUUAAUAUGUAUAAUUUAGCAGUUGCUGUUUUUUUGUAAAUAAUGAGAAAGUAUUGUGAAUGACAUUUGUUGAAUGGUUUUAAAAAAUCAUUUAUUGCAAACCUCUCCAGGCUUUUAUAAAUGUGACUGCAGUACAUAGCAUAUUUUGUAUGUAAGACAGCAGUGUAAAGAUGAACAAGCAUUACUAGAAGCUGAUGAAACUACAUGUAAAACUUGAGGAUAAUAGCAUACUGAACUUGUAAUUACUGAUGUACAUAAAAGAAUGACAGAACAUUUUUGUCUAUUAUUAAAUGUGAAAAUCCAUCAA